AGCCUGCAGCCACGGAGCGGGGCCGAGAGCCGGGAGCCAGAACGGCGCCCGGCCGGAGCGCGGCGUCCCCCGCGGGGCCGAGCAUCCUCCGCGGAGCCGGGCCGGACCCGAGCAGCCUCCUCCGAGCUGGACCGGGCCUCCGGCAGCGGGAGCUCAGGCGAUGCGGCGACGGAGGAGGCGGGGAGAGCUGGCCUUGCUGCUGGCCGCGCUCUUCGUUUUCGGUACGGUGCUGGCGCUGCGCACGCUCCGCGCCGCCGAUGCUCUCCCCGCCGGAGCGCCGGGGCUGGCCGAGCCGCCCGCUCCGCCCGGAGCCCACGGGCCGGCGGCGGGGAGCGGCCCGUCCUACGACCUGCACGCCUUCUACUACGCCUGGUACGGCAGCCCACGCUUCGAGGGCCGCUACCUGCACUGGGAUCACGCCCUGGUGCCGCACUGGGACCCCAAGGUGUCGGCCGGUUACCCCCGGGGCCGCCACCGCCCGCCCGACGACAUCGGUUCCAGCUUCUACCCCGCGCUCGGGCCCUACAGCUCCCGGGACCCCGCCGUAGUGGACGAGCACAUGGGCCAGCUCCGCGCCGCCGCCAUCGGAGUGCUGGUUCUGUCGUGGUACCCACCUGGCCUAGCAGAUGACAACGGGGAACCAUCAGACAGCCUCGUGGCAUUUAUACUGGAUGCUGCACAACGGUAUGCCAUAAAGGUCGCCUUCCACAUCCAGCCGUACAAAGGGCGCGAUGACCACACGGUGCAUGAGAAUAUCAAAUACAUCGUGGACAAGUACGGAUCACAUGCAGCUUUUUAUAAGUACAAGACCAGCACUGGCAGGAGCCUCCCGCUGUUUUAUAUCUAUGAUUCCUACCUGACACCAGCUGAAUCCUGGGCCAACCUUCUCACGCCGUCAGGCUCCCAUUCUCUCCGCAACACCGCCUACGAUGCCGUGUUCAUAGCGCUGCUGGUGGAGGAAGGGCACAAGAACGACAUCCUCUCGGCAGGAUACGAUGGCAUGUACACGUACUUUGCAUCCAACGGUUUCUCUUUUGGCUCAUCCCACCAGAACUGGCAAGCCAUCAAAACUUUCUGCGACUCCAACAACCUGAUGUUCAUCCCCAGUGUUGGUCCAGGUUACAUCGACACUAGCAUUCGCCCCUGGAACAACCACAACACUCGGAACAGAGUCAACGGGAAGUAUUAUGAAACAGCUCUGCAGGCUGCUCUCAUGGUCAGGCCUGAGAUUGUCUCCAUCACGUCUUUCAACGAAUGGCACGAAGGCACCCAGAUUGAGAAAGCUGUUCCCAAGAAGACCCUGACACGCCUUUACCUAGACUACCUUCCUCAUCAGCCCAGCAUGUACCUGGAGCUGACCCGCAGGUGGGCAGAACAUUUCAGCAAAGAGAAAGAGCAGUGGUUGAUGUGAGUUCGGGAUCUGCCUUCCUCAGAGACAUCCCGCUGACAGAGCUGCAGCACAGACAAGUGCUGGGCAGGCUGCUGAGCCCCUGGCAGCCUGCAAGCGCCCCAAGGACUGCAAGAGUCCCAGCUCUGACCUCACAGGAGGAAAUGUUACAAGGAGGAGGAGAUUUCUAAGCAGCAGUUGAGCCUAGCUUCCUGCAGAUGUAGCAGAGAAGACCUUUUCAGAGCUCUUCUGCAAUGCAUGGGGGUGCUGGCUUAGGGGCCCAAAGACCCACUUCUCUUAUGGUGUGUACCCUCUGUGACGUUUUAAUAGUUAGCUGGGUUCCAGCAUGCGUUUUACCUUAAGCCCUUAAGUCUGCUGCCACCACAGACCCCUCACUCCACUAGCAACUUUCAAAGCAUUUCCUUACCAGUUUGCUGCAAAAAGAAAUAAAAGUUCCUCUAAAUUGUCUACUGUAAAUGAAACUAAACUGUGCAGUUACAUACCCCUCCAGUUUACCCAAGCUCUUCUCUACCAAGAAGUUCUGUGCUAGGUGUCGCCACUAUGGCUCACUGUAUCCAAAUAACUAAAGAUAAUUAGAGCUGGAAUGCUAGUGGCUAUUCACUACUAAUGCUCUACAUGCUGGAAAUCCUAAGAGUUUAGAGCAAUGAAAGGCAACCAUCUAUACUAAAAGCUCUUCACUGGUUGCUUAGUGUACCAAGUUUUGAAAAUUUAGACUGAAGUUGCUUUAUUCCCUUUAAAAUCAAGAGGGGGAAAAAAAAAAAACAACACUUGCAAUAAAAAUACUGCUGAAAAUAC